AUGUCCGAUUCGAAUAACACUAACGGGGAGACAACCCUCAACACCACUGAAUCCCAAACACCACUACAGAAACAACCAGAGGACACCCCAACACCAAUAACAGCACCAGUCAGCACAACCCCGCCCAUAUCCACAACUCCACCAGUAACUAAUACUAAUAAUACUAAUACUAAUACUACUACUAAUACUAAUACUACUACUAAUACUAAUACUACUACAGCAGCAACAACAGGAACAGCAGCAGGAACAUCAUCUGUGUUUAUUGGACUUGGACCGGCGGCCUCCACUAUUUCUGAAGAGGCGCUGCGGCAGCGGCUGGAGGAAGUCACGCCUGUGCUCGGUGUGCGCAUUCGCGGCCGUUGUGCCUUUGCGGAUGUGCAGGACAGUGAGGCUGCCGACCGGCUAGUGGCGGAGCUUGAUGGAAAGUACAUUGGCGAGGCCCGCAUGUCUGUGCAGAUCAGUCGCAGUAAAGAGAAGGAACGUCCGGCGGCCGGCGGUAAUCACCACAACCGCGAGGGCAAUCACAACAACAACAACAAUAAUAAUAACAACAACAGCCGGAAUAGCCACAAACACAAUUCCGCUGCUGGUAGUGGAGCUGCUGGCCGGACGUCUCUCUUCGUGGGUCUGGGCCCCGCCGGUGGAUCCAUCUCCGACAAGGAGCUGCGGUACAAACUGGAGGAGGUGGCGCCCAUCACCGGCUUCCGCCGCCGCGGCCAAUGUGCGUUCGUCGACGUGGCCGACAUGUCGCACGCCGCGCGGAUGAUCCAAGAUCUCAACAAUCAAUACAUCGGCGACUGCCGCCUCUCCGUGCAGUACAGCCGCGACAACAAACUCGCACGCGGGGAGGGGCGGCGGGAGAAACGCGGCCGCAGUGACGGACGCCGCCGUCGCCGCAGCAGCAGUCCACGCCGCCGACACCGCCGCCGCAGCAGUUACAGCAGCUACAGCAGCAGAAGCAACUCGCCAGACCGCCGCUACCGUAGACGCCGGCGCAGCACCAGCAGCAGCAACAGCAGCAUCCGCAAUGAGAAGAGCACCGGCAAUAAUAAUAACCGAAACUACAGCAGCAGCAGAAGCAGGAGGAGCAGCAGCAGAAGCAGUAUGGCAUCCGACGACAGUCGCGGGGAUUAUCACCGUUCACGGGAUUAUCAUCGCCGCCGCCGUGAGCGCAGCCGCAGUUAUAGUAGCCGCUCUCGCUCCAGCAGCCGCAGUUACCGUAAGCGGCGGGAUUGA